AUGAUUUUCAUAAUCAGCAGAAAAGGUUUUUUCUUUUGUCCUGCAAGAUAUCAAGCAGAAACGAUAGUCAAAACACCAUUCAUAAUCUUGAUAGAAAGGCAGAAUACUGAACAGUUUCGUGCCUUUCAAAACCAAUCACUAAACGAUCCCAUUCUGAAACUUAACAUUGAUGUUAAAGAGUGA